UCCUCUGUUGUAUCCAUGUCACAGCCAUGGGACUAUAUUGCUAAGCUUGUCUGUAUCGGCGACUCAGGCACUGGGAAGUCUAGUUUGACGAUCCGGCUCUGCGAAGGCCGCUUUUCCUCCUCCCAUGAUGUUACAAUCGGCGUCGAGUUCGGCUCACGGAUUGUUCCAGUGGGCCCGCCAGCUUCGAGGGGGUUGGGAGGAGAGUUUGACAGUUCUACUCGCAAUCGUACCCCAUCAGUUCCAUCUUCGUCUUCGCUGCCCGCCACGGCUACCUCUAGCGAACCAGUCGCCUCUGGACUGCCUAGCCCUCCGCGCAGGGCACAGGAGGUUCAGAAAAGAAUGAAGUUGUCCCUAUGGGAUACGGCUGGUCAAGAAACGUACAAAUCCAUAACACGCUCUUAUUUUCGUGGCGCUUCAGGUGCUCUCCUGGUUUUUGAUAUCACGAGACCUUCCACCUUUAUAUCGUGUACACAAUGGCUCCAAGACCUACGGCAAAUUGCGGAAGACGGAAUCGUAGUUAUUCUGGUUGGGAACAAAAGUGAUCUCGCAGGCGAUGAAAGAUCGCAUCAAAGGCGAGUUACUAGGCAAGAAGCGGAGGAGUGGUGCCGCUUGAAUAAUAUCACACGCUACGUUGAGACGAGCGCAAAAUCCGGUGAGAAUGUUGAGCGUGCGUUUCUCGAGGUGGCCGAGAUGAUCUACCGCAACAUCGAAGCUGGUAGGUACGAUCUCUGCGACCGUCGAAGCGGAGUCAAGGGUUAUGGUGCUACCGGCGGGUCGAAUCCAGGUAUUCCAAAAACGGUCACUUUGGGCUUGGACGAUGCUAUGCGCAAAGGUGGAAACGGCCUGGCCGGAGGCUGUUGUUAGCCCGCUCUUCAAGGCAGUAGUAUCCUCUACAUUGAGCGUAUAUUCCACUGGUGGCACGCAAUUAUAUCCUAUCCAGAUGUGUGGGCCCUCUACGGUCACCAUGUGAGGUUGUGCGCAGUCAACCUAGGCUCCCUUGAUCUCAUGUCACCUGCACAUACUCGUUUAUGCCUAUUCUCGUUCAAUUGAAGGUAAAGGGCAAAGGGGGUGGGCCAGAGGAAGGUUCAUGAAAAGAGAGCAACUGAACAUGCUCAUAGCCGCUAUGGGGAUAAUGAAGCAUGGUUCUCAUCCCGAAACAAUAACAAACUACCUUUUACAUAUGUUUCACAAGAGGGCAAUAGCAUACAUGCAGAAGUUUGGUACAAAAGUUUAAUAUUGUAUAGCAAGUGUAAUUAUGACAGAAAUUGUCAUGAUAAGGAAAGAGGAAAGGGGUGGUGGUGAUGCGGAAGCAACUCAAUUCGCAAUCCGCCAACCAUUGAGCCAAUUC